AUGUAUAAUAGCCAUACGGACAUAUGGAUAGCUGGUGCAUUCGCAGCAGUUGUCGUUGACUUUAUUGUCUACCCCUUCGACACCUUGAAAACCCGCAUUCAAUCACCGAAUUAUGAACGCGUAUUUAAGAAUGCUCGAACAGGUGCCGUUAAACGCAACGUACUGUUCAAAGGAUUAUAUCAAGGUGUCUGGAGCGUUGUAUUUUCCACAAUACCAUCUUCCGGGGCUUUUUUCACAACAUAUGAAGCUGUCAAAUAUGCAUUCUAUAAUUCUUCCACCAACCCCGAUCGUCAUGGACCCCUAGCUCACACAUCUCGGUCCACAAUUAGCCUUCCAUUUACUCAUUCUCUCCCGACACCAAUAAUUCAUGCCAUUGCCUCUUCAUCCGGCGAAAUGGUGUCAUGUCUUAUGCUCACACCUGCUGAGGUGCUGAAACAAAAUGCGCAGAUGGUAAAUAAAUCACAGACAGGCGGGUUCUACAAAAAUAACGCCAUGCGUCACGUUCUUUCUAAAUUCAAAUCUCACCCUUGGCGUCUGUGGAGCGGCUAUACCGCGCUGUUUCCCUUGUUCGAGUAUAUCCGCUCCCAUAUGAUUGCUUGGCGGCGCAAACGAAGACAUCCUCAUCGAGAGCCGUUGGCGCCCUCAUUUGGAUCUACACAAAGAGAAGCACUUAUUGAACGAGCUGGCCUGACGGGUCUUUCGGCGGCUGCUUCGGGUAUUGUAUCUUCUUUUGUUACCACGCCGAUUGAUGUUGUUAAGACAAGAGUCAUGCUUUCUGCUACGGAUGAUAUUGAAGAGGGUAAUCGUGGGUCCAAGAAUAAGACAUAUAAAAAGGGUACAUUGGCUCUUGGAAGGGAAAUAUUCCGAGAAGAGGGAGCAAAAGGCUUGUUUAAGGGUGGCGCGAUUCGAUCUGGGUGGACUGCCGUCUCCAUGAGCCUGUACCUCAGCUUAUAUGAGAGCGGGCGAAUGUUUUUGGAGAAUCGAAGACGAAAUUUGGAGGGCGUUAGUGGAGCUACAUUCACUGAUGAGGGUGAUUUGAUUAGUUAA